AUGACUGACGUAAAUUGGCAAAAGCCAGAUAAAUUCUACUUCAUCAAUCAUAAAGAUGAGAUGGAAGAAGAAUGGGAUUUGAAUCCAAACGUGUUUGACCAAUUCCCUUACGCUAGAUACGUUGAAAUGAAGCAUUUAGAAAAAGGUAGACAAAAAGUCUCUUUUGAAGUGGACCAAGGGCUUGCCCUUAAAAUUGGCCGCUUGCCUAAGCUUGAUGAAGCAAAUCAGCUUACAUAUAAUGAUUGGAUGACUUUCUUCAAUGAUAUGAUAUUCGAUAAGCAUCCAACAUUAAGAAAGGUUCUUGAAGAACCGGAGGGUUAUGAUUGUCCCUUCGUGAUAUGGAAGAGGAUGAAAGGAGAUGAUUCAUCGAUCCGAUCCAAUACUUCUUCUUGCGGUAACCCAGAAGCAACAAUUCUGAUCCUACAACCCGCAAUUAAGGACUUACCAGAAUUGAGAGUAGCACAAUCCAGAUCAUAUUCCAAGUGGAGAAAGGGUUUUAAGAAUAUAUUAUUCACCCGUUAUAAAGGACACCAAAAAGCACUUGAAGACCCUGAACAUUUCGUUCCAAAUAAAGAGCAAUAUUAUAGUGGUGCUUUAGAAUGUGUAACUCCAUUGAGAAUGACCGACAUGAACGAAAAGUCCAUUCUCGAUGCAUGGUACUCCCUAGUUACUAUUAAUCCAGUGAGAACCAACGCAACAACCAUACUGGUCGAUGAACGUGGUUUCGCGCAAUUAAUUCAACAAUCACCCGACCCGUCACUUAUUGAACGUUAUGUCUCCGAUUCAGACUUCGAACCACUUACCCAACCAACAUUUACAUCUUCCUCCAUUAAGCACCAUCUAAGAACCAAUGAAAUCCAAACUCUGGACAAUAUUGGCCACCCCUUCAGUCUCACCACGACGAGAUGGAGACUAUAUUGGAAGAAAUUCAAAUUCUUAUAUAGUGGUGAAAUGGAGGAACUCCAUCUAGUGCGUUUAGGUCACAGUAGGUACCUUGGAAUUAAACACAGCAAUCUCCCACUCCGUCAGUAUCCCAAAAGCAUCAACCAUACUGUCUACUAUGCCUUGACGAAACGGUCAUUCACCUACGAUUAUCUGCUCCCCUUUGGUUUAUGUGAUACUGCACAUGUUUUUGGCUCAUACAUGACAGCUUUAUUAGAACCAGAUGCUGAUUUUUGUCGAGUUUAUCUUGAUGAUGUUAUUUUUUCACCCGAUGAAGCACCUUAA